AUGGAAACAAGAUCUGCAAAGCGAAAGAAGUUUUGGUUUGAAGGCGAAAAUGGGAUUGACAGGAUCAGUGAUCUUCCUGAUGUUGUUCUCCAUCACAUUCUUUUCCAUCUUCCUAUCAAAACCAUAGCACAAACCAGCGUCUUAUCUAAAAGAUGGAGAUCUUUGUGGUCAUCCUUCCCUGACCUUGACUUCACGUCCAUUAACCCAAUCGGAGUUCCUUCAACAAAUAUCAAGCCAAGUAAUGAGAAAAGAUCAUUAACGCAUUCUUGGUCUGCUAAACGAAUGGACUUCAUUAGCCAGGUAUUAGCUCUCCGCGACAAGCAUUCGGAUCUAAGGAUCCUUCGUUUCCGUGCUUCUGUGAGUUUUUCACGUCUAAACGGAUUGAUCCGUCGUGCCAUAAGGCAAAAUGUGCAGGAAUUAGACGCUGAGGUGGCCACGGAUGAUUAUUUUAAUUUUCCCCGAAGUGUUAUUACAAGUGAAUCUUUGCGGGUCUUCAAAUUGAGAUCUCGUUAUCCUGGUUUCCGCUUGCCUCCACAACAGCUUAUGAAAGGUGGUUUCUGCUCACUCCACACGUUAUCUCUUUCCCGCGUCAUUUUAUACAGCCAGCCCUCUCUCUUGGAUUUGUUUACGGAUUCAUCAUUUCUUCGCCUCAAGAAGUUGAAUCUCGAUGCUUGCUUUGGGUUGAAACAUCUUAAGAUUAGUUGCUUAGCCCUCGAAGAUUUGACCCUAGAAAAUUGUUUCCAGUUACAUUCCCUGGAUGUUUCCGUAGCCAAAUUAAAGAGAUUGCGAGUUGCAAGCUGUUUUGACGCUUAUUGUGAUGAGAGUUGGGUGAAGAUUAAUGCUCCAAGCCUCAGAAUUAUGGUUUGGGAAUAUAACGCCAUCACUGAAAAUAGCUCCUUAGAGAAUUUGAUUUCGGUGCAUGAGGCCUCCAUUGGUUUCUUUGUACUUCAUGAAGAUGCAAGUGUAGCAAAGCAUCAUAGCAUAUCUAAUCUUUUAUCAGGACUCUCCCGGGCACAUUGCCUAACACUUGAAAGCAAAUGUGUUGAGAUGUUGUCCAGCAAGAAUUAUAUCACAAAUAUGUUCAGCAAUCUCCAAUCUCUGGAGCUGAAAACUUGCCUCAACAAACAUAACGUUCCCGGAUUAGCCUAUCUAUUCAAGAGCUCUCCCACAUUACACACUCUAAUUCUCAAAAUCGUAAAUGAUUACAAGAUUGAAAGAAGAAAAUGGAAUAAGGACUUGUGGGACAUGGCUACCUCAGAGGAAGAACAAUUUUGGGAAUCUCAAACCCAGACUUUAAAAUCCUUCCUAAACCACCUUAGUGUAGUAAAGAUCCAUGGAUUCUUAGAAUGUGAGAAUGAAGUUAGUCUAGCAAAGUUCUUGUUGAAGCAUGGAAAGGCCUUGCAAGAAAUUACUCUUUUCUCAGGACACUGCAACUACAGAGAUUCCCUACGAAGACAAAAGAUUAGGUCACAAAUGAUGGGGUUUUCCCGGGCCUCUUCUAAUGCUAAGAUUUUAUUUCUCUAGCCCUAUCUGCAAAGCAAAGAGUCCUAAUGUUACUGAUAAUUAAGGCUGUUAGUUGCAUUCCGAUGAUCAUAAUUGUUUUAAUCAAGCGGGGUCUUUUCAAUUAUGUGGGAAGCAGAUGUUUGAGUUUGAUGUAGAUCUGCGGCAUCAAUGGGCAUUAGAGGCUUUAUAGUGACUUAAGCUAGCUAGCAACCAAUUUUUCUCAAGAAAGUGAGUUUCCUCAGCAAAUUUCUCAGCUUCAUGGAUUGUUAAUUUUUCACGGUAUUUAUACAGAUAGAUGAAAGAAGAGGCUGAAAACAGAUUCCUGAUUGGUUGUCCAAUAUUAUUCAGUGAAGUUGUUGACUACUCAAGACACUUGUUAGACUGUCAAGUGGAGCCAUUUUACAA